UAUCUGAUUAUCUCUACGGACAAAACAAAUAGCAACUGCGAAGAGAGGGAGGGGGACAUCCACAUCCUCUGCAAGAAGCGCAAUAAUGGCUAUUUCAUCUUCAUUUCUCUUCCCAAUAUGCAAUUCAUACGCCAUUUCAGCUCAACCGAAGCUAUCUUUUCUACCUGUUCCUUCGAAUUCUGCCAAGUUUCAUCGCCUCAAACCCUCCUCCCAACUCUUGACGUCUAGAGCCCUCGCUGCACCUGAAGUCUUGGACGCCUCUUCCGAUGCUGCCGACUUCGAGGAGCGGGAGGUCAGCUUUGAAUCAGAUAAGGUGGCCCCAAAGCAGAAGAUCAGGAUCAAACUGAAAUCAUAUUGGGUGCCCUUGAUUGAAGACUCGUGCAAGCAGAUUAUGGAUGUGGCAAGGACAACAAAUGCAAAGACCAUGGGUCCCGUCCCGUUGCCCACCAAGAGGAGAGUGUACUGUGUGCUCAAAUCUCCGCACGUGCACAAAGACGCAAGGUUCCAUUUUGAGAUUAGAACACAUCAGCGCCUCAUUGACAUUCUUUGCCCAACUGCCCGAACGAUUGACUCGCUGAUGCAGCUUGACCUUCCUGCCGGUGUCGAUGUUGAGGUCAAGCUUUGAGGAGAAAAUUACCCACUUGCCCCUCCUUUGGUGAUUUCUGAGUGUCCUUUGUUUUUUUCCUCAUUUGCAAAUAUUGUUACUUUUUGGAAUCUGAAUAGAAUCAGUGCUGAACAAACAUGACUUUUGGAAGAAGCUAUUAGUCUUUCAUUAUCAUAGGCUGAUUAGUCCCCACAUUCUCCCAGCUACUUUAUGGCU